ACGACUCCCACGCCGGCUACGGUAACUUCGGCCUUUCCUGGUCUGGCCUAGGUAUGUAUAUCUGGCCUGUCGACUACCGCGCAUAGGUCCAUUAAAAAUCCACGAGAGCCCAUAAAAAAAGGUCAGAUGGUUGGGUUGCACUGGUUGCACACGACUCCACGAAAAAAACACCGCAGAAUUCCGCGAUCCCGUUUUCGACUGUACAGAGCCUGAGAGCAUACAUGGCAACACGACCCUCCGCGAAAUGGAGGGCGCCAUUAGACCUCGCUAGUAUAUUUCGGUAACCAAUUCAAAUGCGAGAGAAGACUUGUACUUGCGCACACGGAAUUACUCGUUUGCUACCCAACAGCAAACUGCCGAUUUUAUUACGUGGGGUUAGGCCCCUUCGACGACAUUUCCUAUUUCGAGAACUUUUUGGCCUGCUGGCCUGUCGGCCUUAUUUCCGCUUAGAUAAGUCCAGAACAAAGUUCACAUUAUUCCUGGGGCUAUAUGUGGGCCAAUGUGAGAACUGGCUGAGGCUGAAGUCACGACGAGAGUUCCUGCUGUCAGCUGCCUUUGAAAACUUUUAUUCCCCGGCAUUUUUAGAGCGUAGAAAAUUAAUGGGCAAAAAAAAAAAAAAAAGAGCAUUCGACAUCAAUAACGUUAUGGACAAUAAAAAAUUUACUUGCGGCGAAAAAAAAAACAAGCUUGCGAAUAGCGGCGCUAAGCUUCUUCGCUCUCUAGCGCCUGUCAGUCAUUACCAAAUACGUCAUCACGAACAGCAUAGAUUGGUCAACCUGCCGAUCUGCUUGCGAACGGGCAGGAUUCAGGGGCUAGUCUUUCGCCCUAGUCCCUGCGCUUACUCGACCCUAACCGUAUUUAAGCCUAGUAUGUCUGGGCUAAAGCCACAUCUGGCGCUUUUCCUUGAGACUUGGCAACUUCUCUGCCGACGCGGCGGCUUCCCCGUUUCUCUUGGGCUUUUGAAAAGUCGCCGCAACAUGGAUUGUGACCUUGGCACGCCGCGGAAUCGUGAGCUAGUUGCAGAGUUAGCAGAGUUGGCAGAGUUUAGGUCCAAGACGCAGAAGAGAGUCCCUUGGCGUGACCGUAACUUCACCGAGUGCGUGCCAACUCGGGCUGGCUUCAUUGGGGGCCAUUGGAAUAACUCGGAGCUGUCAAGUCAAGCUUUUACUGUGUCUUGUGUUAGGAUUCUGAUCCUUGCAGCCGUGAUAACGUCCCCUCGUUAUCAGUAUUGAAAUUUCAUAGUACCUAGCGCUUGGGAAGAAAUCGCUCAACCCCCAAAAUUGACUAAAAUUGAUCAGUAAAAUCGAUGAACGAUGCUCUUCUUGGCUCCGCGAACGACUAUCGUUGCCCAAGAAGCACGUCGGUCAUUUAUAAUUAGAUGCUCUCAGGCCUGUGGUCCGCAUUCCAUUCCAUGCUUUUCGGUCCGGGAUACUAUGUUGGUCCUGUCAAUCCUUACGCUAAUCGGUGAAUAAUCGAACAAUCGAAAUACCCCGUCAAGCCUAGUCGACCUUUUACGCAUGUGUCUCCGACGUGUUUCGCAACGAGUUAGGUAUUCCACGCUGAGUAACCCGUUCUAAGACCGGUUCUCACAUAUUUAGGCAUAAUUCGAACUCUGGAAUACCAAUGAAGCUUCGAGUUAUCUUUAGAGUCAAUAGUCAAUAGGAUUUAUAGUCCCGACGAAGGACGAUAAGCAUUUCCGAGACGUCAUUGGCGGAAAUUAUUAUAAGGUUAAAAACUAGGUAGUCGAAAGAAAAGUUACCAGUCUUACGGAGACGGUAAAUAGCGGGUUCAUGAAAGGUACCCCUUUCUC